AUGGUCACUUUGCUGGAAGGUCUGGAACCACUUGGCGUGUCCACCACGAACGAGGCAAAUGGACGCUCUCGUCGAGCCUCUCUUUCGACGAGUGGAGAGAAUUGGCCAAAUGGUAUCGCAGUUGGGUCGAGGUGGUGGGAGCGAAUGUGCCAGAAUGACUUGGUCACCGUGUUCGGUGAGGUCGUGUUGGGUUUUCGUGUGUGCCGCCGCGAGUCAGACACAUCGACACUGCAAGAGCGCCUGAUUGGGAGAGACGAGAUGACGUACCACGAGGUGGAAACGUUCUCCUCCGACCGGUCAAGACGACAGGGUUCUACGCGAGUUCAUCGAAACGCCAACGUGAAGAAGUGA